AUGCUGCAUGAGAUCCUGAGAGUGAAGAAGAUGAUCAUGGGCCUCUCACUGGGCAUCUUUGAUGAGGACCGCACGGCGUUCCGCAGCAGCGUCAUCUGGUUCUGGGAGAGAGAAGUUAGGCAUGGUGAGAGGCGUGGGGUGGUAUUCUAG